CCCUUCAGACGGCCAAGCGUGAGGGCUGUGAGCACCUGCCAUGGGUGAUGGUGGGGUCUGCACCCCAGUACGGGGCAUGGAGCUCGCCUGUGUCUCCUGCAGAGAUGGAGGCAGGGCUAUGGCCAGGUACAGCCCCCGUGUGGUCAGCUUUGCCAUGGAGAGGACUGCAGGAACGAGGCAAGACAUACCCCUGCAGGACUGCGCUGCUCCCAGCUCGGCCUCAGGGCUGGCCCAGCGUCUGGACUCCUUCAGAGACAAGCUGAACAUCACCCACCUGCCCCAGGUGCUGCCCCAGCUCCGGUCCAUGCUGGAAGAAGAGUGCCAUGACCUGGAGAAACACAUCACCCACCUCCAGCACUGCCUGGAGGAAGAACACUAUGCUGCCAUGGGGCCACAGGCACUGGAGCCCACCCUAGCAGAGCUGCAAGGCCAGAGGAGAGCCAUGGAGCAGGAUUUGCAGCUGGGCCCCUGGCCCGCACGCCCCAGCCUCUCCCCAGAUGUGGAGAGUCCUGACCAGCUGCCCAGAUCCCCGCUGUGCCCAGGCAGCCCCUCAGGAGCUGCAGCAGGAUCUGGUGCUCUGUCCCCACUGGGACCCGGCACGCCAGCCCUAAGGAGCCCUCCCAAGAGCUCGAGUCUCUGUGCAUGGGACCCCUGCAGAGGCAACGUUCUUCCCCAGCAAAACAAGCCCUUGUCCCCCACGCGCUGGCUUAGCCCUGGGCUAGAUUUUAUGGAUCUGAACCCCUGGCCACUGGGUGGGGGCAAGGGCAGGAGCCAGGGCCUGGAGCAUUCCCCGUGGCCCAUCCUGACUGUUUAG